AUGGUAGAGGAAACCGAGCAGGAUCAAACGCAAAGUUGGUUAGCCAAACAAGACCUUGAUAAGAUAGGCGCUGAGAAUCUCACUCCUUUAACUGAAGAGGUAAUUUCACGACAAGCUACAAUCAAUAUCGGUACAAUCGGUCAUGUAGCACAUGGAAAAUCAACUCUUGUGAAAGCAAUUUCCGGUGUCCACACUGUAAAGUUCAAAAACGAGUUAGAGAGGAAUAUCACGAUCAAGCUAGGAUAUGCUAAUGCUAAGAUUUACCGUUGUUCAAAUAUAGACUGCCAACGCCCUGGCUGUUAUAGAUCCGCUGGUUCGUCGACUCCGGAUCGUUUUCCAUGUGAACGACCAGGAUGCGGAGGACAAUUCACCUGUGUUCGACAUGUUUCUUUCGUUGACUGCCCUGGUCACGAUAUUCUUAUGGCUACCAUGCUUAACGGCGCGGCAGUUAUGGACGCAGCGUUUCUUUUAGUUGCAGGUAAUGAACCUUGUCCGCAACCACAAACGUCUGAGCAUUUAGCUGCUGUGGAAAUUAUGCAACUUCAGCAUCUAUUAAUCCUUCAAAACAAGGUGGAUAUUAUAAAGGAGUCUCAAGCACGAGAGCAGUACGAUCAAAUUAAAUCUUUUGUGCAAGGAACAGUUGCUGAUAAGGCUCCAGUUAUCCCUAUUUCUGCCCAGCUCAAGUACAAUGUUGAUCUAGUCUGCGAAUACCUAUGCAAGAAAGUGCCAGUUCCCUCACGCGAUUUUACGUCGCCAGCUCGCCUUAUCGUUAUUCGAUCAUUCGAUGUUAACAAGCCAGGUUCAGAAGUUGAAAAUUUGAAGGGCGGUGUGGCUGGUGGUUCUAUACUCAGAGGUAUUCUGCGAGUAGGGCAGGAAAUCGAAGUUCGUCCUGGAAUUGUGUCGAAGUCAGGUGAUGGGAAAGUCCAGUGCCGCCCAAUUUUUUCGAAAAUAGUUUCCCUAUUUGCGGAGCAAAAUCAACUGGAGUAUGCUGUACCAGGAGGAUUGAUUGGAGUAGGUACGAAAAUCGACCCCACGUUGUGCCGUGGUGACCGAUUGGUAGGUCACAUCUUAGGAGCCGUUGGAACUCUGCCAGAUAUUUUCACUGAGAUUGAGAUCAACUUUUUCUUGCUGCGGCGACUUCUAGGAGUCCGCACUGAGGCAAACAAGAAGGCCGCCAAAGUUCAAAAAUUAGCAAAAGGAGAAGUGCUCAUGGUCAACAUUGGAUCUCUUUCUACUGGUUGUAGGGUUGUCGCUGUCAAGGGCGAGGCAGCAAAGAUAGCGCUCACUGACCCUAUCUGUACUGAGAUUGGUGAGAAGAUUGCGUUAUCUCGGCGGAUAGAAAAGCAUUGGCGACUGAUUGGAUGGGGAACGAUCCGAAGAGGAGUUACUAUUGAGCCCUAUGUGUCUGUCCUUUUCCACAAUCCCAAGUUGGAACGUAUAGGUUUUUGCUUUUCGGUGAAGAUUCCAUCGAUUAAUUUAAUUAUAUGUCGGUAUUUCUAUUUCAUCACUUCUUUCUGGGAGUUCAGUGGGAAGCCGUUGCUUGCAAAAAAGAGAUGUCGUGUCGAAGUUCCAGCUGUGUGCUGCGCCAGAACCAUGUUUUCAUGGAUAGUUACUGCAGAAAGUAUUGAGAAAUGGCGAAAAGUUUGCGCAGCAGCAGACUACCGAAUGCUGGCAUGGUUAGCUUUGACACAUGUACCCUAA